AUGUCGUCCCCCUCAACACCAGUGGCGACACCAAUGCUCAAGCACCUUCCCCCGCGGUUGACCGUCCCGCCCCUUCCUCCACAGCUGCACAGGCGACUGCGGGUACGAGCCAUCGACGAUGGUCUUCUCCUCUACCCUGGCACCAACUCUGAGCCGGAGGACGCCGUCCUUAUCCGGUACGGUAUCAAGGCAAAGGUCGAGGCUUUCGCCGUUCCGCCAGCAGACGAGUCGCUGGAGGGCGAGGUCGAGCUCGGAGGCGUUGUCGCCGCGUAUCUCGUUGUCUUCUUGCCCGCGAAGAAGCCGCCGACAAGCAUCUUUCCUGGAGAUAACGGUAUCACGCCGACCGAUGUCACGCACGAGGUCAACACGCUCACCGAUGUUUACGCUAUUCCAUUGAUCAAGGAACGGGCCGAGAGGCACCUCGGUCAGAUGUCACGCAUCCUUCGUGUGCCCAAAGCACCGAAGUCGAAGGCUAAGACUUCGCCAAAGCCCAAGCAGAAGCCUCCAGCACUCAACCUGAAGUGGCCGUGGCAGGCUGGAGCGUCGUCGGCCACGUCCGACGAUGACGGCAGCAGCUCAGACGCAGAGUCGAGCUCAGAAGACGAUGAAUCCGACAUCGAGGCUCGGCGACGGCGGUCUUCGUCUGUUGCACCUGAAGCCGACGAGGACCUGCCGACACUGCCGCCAGCUGUCGACGAUUCGGCGGAGAGCCGCAUGAAGAAGCGCUUCUCCUUAGGAUGGGGCAAAUUUACUCCCAAAUUGGGCAAGGCGAAGCCGAAAGACAAGAUCCCGCCAGCGAAGGAGUCGGCAACAGAAGUGAGGGAGGAGCAGCCCGAAGACCCUGUUGGUGACGUCGAGCCUGAGGACGUGGCGGACGCACACGACGACGAGGGCGGUAUCGAGAUGACGUCCCCUGGGCUCAAGGUCCCAAAGACCGACAGCGCUGCCCCAAGUUCGGCACCCAGCCGAGCAACGACGCCAGUACCGAAGCCCGCUCUCGACGUGCCUGCCCGCCUCGAGCUCGAGUCCAAGAUCAUGAAGCAGAUCACGCGUGAGCUUGGCUCUGGCGAGUUCUACUACUCUUACGACUUCGAUCUGUCUCACACUCUGCAGGACAAGCGGAAGCGACUUGCUCGCGGGCAGAAGAGCGGCGCACUUCUCGAGGGUCUGCUGUCAAGCGCGAAUCCGACGUCCGAGUUCUUCGACAACACACCGUCGGAGACUGAUCGGAAGCUCCACAGCGACCCGCCAUCCCCCGGAGGCUCUGUGAAGUCUGCCAAGUCGACGAGAACGACCGGCUCGGAGAUCAUUGAACCCGACAUCCAUGUGCCGCUCUGGCGGAGGACGGACCGGCGGUUCUUCUGGAACGAGAGCCUCGCUCGCGACUUCAUCGAGCUCGGCCUGCACGGCUACGUCCUUCCCAUCUUGCAGGGUUAUGUGCAAGCAUCGCAGUUCACUGUCCCAAUCCCGCCAUCGCCUGUCGACGAGGCGAAGCUGCUCGAGCCGCCCGCGCCGGUGCCCGUCGACAUCGUGCUGAUCUCUCGGAGAAGCAAAGACCGCGCCGGUCUGCGUUACCAGCGUCGCGGUAUCGACGAUGAGGGGCAUGUUGCCAACUUUGUUGAGACGGAGAUGCUCGUCCGUGCCAAGGUCGGAGGCAAGGUGUCAAUGUUCAGCUUCGUGCAGAUCCGCGGAUCGAUUCCUUUGAAGUGGAGCCAGACACCGUGGUCCAUGAAGCCGCCGCCCGUGCUCGACCAGCCAGUUGACCAGACAUACUCAGUUGCAAACCUGCACUUUGAUGACCUUCGCAAGCGGUACGGUCCAGUUACGGGCAAGGAGGCGCCGGUGACAAACGGCUACGGCGAGCUCGUGGAUAGCCUCGAGCGCCCCGACCUCACCUACGUCCCCUUCGACUUCCACGCCAAGUGCCAUGGGAUGAAGUGGGAGCACAUCUCGGAGCUUGUCAAUGAACUCGACUUCACUGACAUGGGCUACCUCUGGCUCCUGCAGGGCGAUGAGCUGACGUCCAGCUGCAUCGACUGCUUGGACCGAACAAAUGUUGUACAGUCUGCACUUGCACGACACGUCCUGAAGCAGAUGCUGCUGCAACUGGGCAUCACGGUUGACCCGAAGACUUGUGAUGUCGAGUCGGUUUUCAACGACACUCUGAAGGGAGACUUUGUGCGCACCGGCAAGCGUGACCUGCAGGGCAUGCUCGCUCAGUCCUCCGCCCGUGUGCUCGAUAACGGCGAGCAGCGAAUCGGUGGCUGGACCCUGCUCUCGCCCGCUGAGCGGAACACAAAGCUGAGUCCGAAGCUGGAGGAGAAGGUGCUCCUUCUGCUGGCGUUGUACGUGGUGUCGUUCAACUACUCGCUCGAGAAGGUCAACGAGUUCACGCGCAUCCCGCUCAAGUCGAUAACGUCGCUGCAGAAGGGCGCGUAUAUCCUUUCGGCGUUGCAGGAGGCGGGACGUGACCCGACCGAGAACGCGGGCUUCGUCGUGACUUUCGCGGCUGCCGACGAGUCGACGCGGUACAGCACAUACUCGCUCGACAACACGGUCGCGACGCCCCCGACGCCAACAUCCACCAUCUCCCAAGCUUCCACGACAACAGGAACCGAUCCCUUAAAGUCCGAGACGAAGCGCAACCGUGCGCGUACUCUGAGCUUCAAGCGCAAGUCGAUCAUGAAGCUCGCGGACGUGGACCCCGACACCUCUGAGUUCUUCGCGUUCAAGGCGCUGCCGCGCGAGUUCGUCGCCCAGCCACACCCCGAGGACGACGAGGACGAAGAGUUCACCCUGGAGCAGAACGAGACGUGCAUGGCCACGGUCGAUCGCAUCGUGAAGCGUAUCCGCGAGCAGUGCGCAAAGGUGCACAAGGUGCCUGACGACUUCGUCGUCGAUAAGGACGUUGUCAGCGUCGCGGACGCUGAGAACGCCACGUCCCUCCUUGCCCGCAUGGACUAUGCUGUGAAGCGGUUCCUGCCUAGGAGCUGCGCCCGUGGAGGCUCGAGAAGGGGAAGACAGAUCACGAGGGGUUGCCCCUCGGUAGAGCAUGCCAACCUUCUCGGAUCGAUCGCGCUCUUCUCGAUCUUCCAGACCCCGAUCGAUCAACUUAGCCAGGCUAUUCCUGUCCAUCGCGACAACUUCUGCGAUUCGACUCGGAAGAACGAACGUCGCAAGCGCAUUCCACCUGCUCACGACUCAGCGUACAUAACCGGCCCCUCUCGCCCACUCGGAUAUCCCAUCAUCGCCCACGACUUUGCCGCCAUGUCCUUCCACGAUCUCGGCCGCUCUCCUCUCAGCCCCCCGCGCUCUGUGGGCACCACCUCCAGCGGCUCGCAGCGGAGCAACCCCUCGCCCACCCGCGGCCGUGCCGGCUCGGUCGACCCCUCGAGCUCUCCCUCGCGCGCCCCACAGCCUACCCGCGGCAAGCUGAGCCCCACACAGCGCGCCCAGCUGUACUACAUGCGCAUCAACGAGCAGUCAAUCUACGAGGGCGGCGUCCUGCGCGCGUUCCAGUGGAAGAUCCUGCACCCCGACGAGCCCGAGGCGAAGGAGCUCUUCCUCCAGUUCCGCAAGAUGAUCUCGGCCGACGUGCCCUACAAGGACAGGGACAGCGAGGUCGAGAAGCGCGAGGCGGGCGAGAUGUGGGCUGAGCUCACGAGGAUUAUCGCGGCCGAGGUCGAGGAGAGGGAGAGAAAGAAGAAUGUGGGUUGA